AAUAUAAUAUUCUCUCUCUUUCCCUGCGCAGUUACCGUUCGUGUUGAUAACUAUAUCAACAUGUAGAUGCAGUGAGUGUGUGUGUUUUUUUUUAUACCGUCAAUUACUAUAUUUAAAUAGAAAUUAACCACUACGAUGCGCCUACGAGCAGCUUUAGAAGGGCGAUGACACUCGGCUCGGUUGCUGUGCUGGAUGUGUGUGCGUUCGUUUGUGAUGUGAGACGAUUGUUCACCGUUGUGGGCGUUGUACUGGUGUUGCCGAACAACCGUCAGAAUGGAUACGAACUGCAAUGCCAAGGAAUUGGGCUCGUUUCCAAACAGAAGGAAGCCACAAAAUUCCGAUGGCGGCACUACCUUGAACAGCACAUCUACUACCCAAUUUGACUACUCUGUACCUGAAAAAGUGUCUUCCGUAAAAUACAAUCGAGCUACUACGAUGAAAGAAUACGAAGAACAGCUGGAAGCGUUAAGAACUGAAAAUUACAACUUGCGGUUGAGAAUUUACAAUAUGGACGAAAAGAUUAACGACGAAAAAAAUUGUACAAAAAAGAGCCACUCUACGACAAAAGUGAGUUUUGACGAUCAGCAGUGUGAGUCGUCGGAUCUCAACGAUAGUCACUCCGAAAAUGACAAAGAUUUGAACUGCUUAGAAUUUAAUGUGAAAGAAAAUAAAUGUUGCAAUGUCAACAUAAGAGCUUUCAAAACGAUACAAGAGCUGUUGAAAGUGAACAAAAGAAUAAUGAAAAUAAACUGCCAGCUCAAAAAACAGCUCGAAACCAAACUCGCGUCGAAUAAAACCCAAGUCGACUCUCUGGACAACUCCAGUAGUUGCAAGUGCGAUGGGUCGUCUACACAUAGUUCUAAAAAAGACACUACUGGCAAAAUGUGUACCGAAAUAUCGGAUCUGCAAACGGAGUUGAAUGAAAAGCGAUUGGAGAUAACCCAAUUGCAGUCGCAGUUGGAUUCGUUAAAACUACUCGAGUCCGAGGAAAUCCUAUCGUUGCGCUCAAAACUCGUGCUGAAAGACACAGAAAUAAACAAGCUUAAUCAACAAGUGAAAAAACUGCACUACAAUCUCCAGGAACUAGUCAACACAGAGUUGUGGGAAAAGAACAAGGAAAUCUCCAAGUUGAUAUUGAAAGAAGCCGAACGAAAACAGUUGGUCGAUUCGGCUAGUAAAAAUGUGGUCGCACCUACGCCGUCCGUUGGCGAAGGUCAGUGUAAAAUGAUUUAUGACGCUAUCGAAAACGGCGACGGUCAACAGUUGAUGUCGUACACGGAAGUCAAUCAGCUCAUCGAGAAGAUUGGCAACUUGUCGACGAUACUUCAAACCAACGACGACACGUGCGCGACCAACGGUUACGAACAAUUGCGAAAUCGUUGCGCACAAGCCUCGGAAGAGCUGGAAGCGUUGAAGUGGAAACAAAAAGAAACGGCCAAGUUGUGUGCAAAUCUGUCGACUCAUCUCGACGAGCUGUCUGUGUUUUUGGACGUGGUCGGUACAAAUUUUUCCGAAUCCAAAAGCUUGAAAAACGAAAUACACAGGAUGGUCAAGCGCAAUCAGCAAAUUUCCAAAACCCUGGUCGAACUGUGUUUCAAGGGCGGCUCGUCCGGCGUUGGCCACAACGUGCCCGUCCUUCCGGACUAUUCGGAGAUCAACUUUUUCAGCUGCGACGAAAUGUCCCCGUCCGAGGAAGUGGCCAGGAGCGCCGAGCGAACGACGAGCAUUUUUGGCAAACACUUUGGCACCGAUUCAAUAGAGACACGACAACACGACAGUUCCCAAGACGAGCUGAGACGUAGCGAAAUUUGCGGGGUCGCAAAAGGAAAAAUUGCCGAUGAACCCAACGGAUCCGAUAACUGGUCAGAACCCGAUAAGCACGUAUCGUCGGCUCGCAUUGGAUUGGCCUGCACGUUUCCAGUACUUCACACCGAAAGCGAUUCGUCGGUGGACAAUCCCAAAGAAAUUAAACACAAACGUCAAAGAAAAUUGUCGAACAACAACCGAGUGUCAAUAAAGAUCACAAAAGAAGAGUACAAAAAACUGAAAUCUGCCUUGCAGUUUUUCACCAAGUAUUCUCGGAUGUUGUUCGAAAACAGUGCUUACGAGAGGGACAUGGAAAAACUGGUGCUGGUCAACUCAUAUCUGAGAGAAAUCAACGAAAAGAACAUGGCCAAAAUACAGCGUUUGACCGGUCAGAUGAAAUCGAACGUGCCGGCAAACUGUGGACAAGACUUAUCGGCGACCGGUGGAGACGAUGCGGUGGAACGGUUGAAAGCCGACAACCGUCUUGUGUGUGCUCAACUGCAGCGGUCCAAAGAAGUGAUCGGCGGGAUGCAACGGCAGUUGGACGUUUGCCGGGCCGCCGAAAGUGAACUGGUGCGGUUCAAGGAGACUUACUGCGCAGAGCUCGGCGCCAAAUUGGAAGCCGAGGUGCAGAACAAGUUUGAUAUUUUCUGCAGGAACUAUGAGAUCCUGUGCUGUCUGGUGGAGAAGACCGUGAUGAAAAUCACCAAGAUGGAGGAAGCCGUGAAACGGCUGUCGGCCAACUGCGACGGUGUGGCUAGGCUCGAGGGCGGUGACGGUGACCCGAACGGCGGUGACGUUGCCGGCCAAUUGGAACACCGGUUGAACAGCGUUACCCAAAUGCUGGAAUCGGCACGCUGUGACAAACAGGAAGCCGACGGUCAUGUGUCGUAUCUGAACGACGUGAUCACGUGCAAGUCCAAGCUGAUCGAAGCCUAUCAGGAGCAGAAGAAAACGCUCGAGAGCAACUUGGCCGAACUGCAGACCGAGCUGAGCGACACGGCCGUAGCGCUGAGCAUGCGUGAACGGGAAAACAAGGAGCUGUAUUUGAUUUUGCUGGAGUACGAAAAGGACAAGGGGAGGGCCGACGCCGAAGCGGUGUCGCAUGCCGAACAGAUGGACCGCGUCAGGGAGGACCACCGGCUGGAGAUGCUCAAGCUCACCGAACAGAUGUACGAGUACCGCAAAGAGGAAGAGGGCACGUUCACGGUGCACAUGAACGUUCUGGACGAGAUACCCAAGCAGAUCGAGCUGCUCAAGCUCAACAAGCAGAAGUGGCAGGAGAUGUUCGAGAAGUCGGAGAACGACAAGAACCACUUCAAGAGCAUGUUGGAGCUGAUACUGAACCUGAACGAGUCGAAGACGCAAUGCUUUGUCGACGGCCAGACGGCCAACCGAAAAGAAACGACCGAUCAAGCGUUGUUUUAACGGAAUACCCGUGUCCGGUCCAAACAUUUCAUUUAACUAACAUGUUUUUUUUUUUUUGGUUUUACAAUCGACCGGGUUUCAACCGUUUUAAUUCUAAUCUUGUCAAUUGUUUAGGUGAUAUUAUUAUUUUUAACGUACAUUUUUUUGUAACACUACUAAUUUGAUAGUAUAUCGUCGAAAUCGUCGCGAACAAUCUACUCUAAACCAAACCCAACGGACAAACAAAAUAAUCGAUCAUUGAUUUUUGUGUUUUUCAUUAUACAUUUUGUUGUUGUUCUCUUUUUUUUAGCAACAAGCAUUUUAUUUUUAUGUGUGUGUGUGUGAUUGUUUUAUUACCUAAUUAGACUGUAUUGUGCCAUAAUUGUUUAGUAUUUAGUAACAAUAGUAGGACUAUGACGACGAAACAUGACAAUUUUUUUGUUUAAUUUAUUUAUUUUUAUACAAGCAACUCGAUGCCAAAGAAACGUGCCAAAUUUUUUAACGAAAAAUAACUUUUUUUUUUUAACUGUACACUACCUACCAUUUUUAUAAUAACCAAACCAUUUAUUAUCAUUUAUAUAUAUAUAUUUUUUUUUUUUUUGUUACUUACAUUUUAAUUUUUUAAUUGUGUUAUUCGUGUGUUGUGUUUUUAGC